AACUCCAUUUUCCACUCUCUCCAUCGCUCACCCAAACCCAAAAAAAACAAAAACCAAAACGAAAAAGAACACUCCGCAACAAAACCAUGCUUUCCUUAUCUCUCAUAUUCUUCACCAUUCUCUUCGCCAUCUUGGUAUAUUAUCUCAUCAACUCGUUCCGACAAAGGAGUUCUCUACCUCUCCCGCCGGGUCCGAGACCUUGGCCGAUCAUCGGAAACUUGCCACACUUAGGUCCUUUCCCUCACCAUUCCAUUGCGGACUUGGCUCGUAAAUAUGGCCCCCUCUUGCACCUCCGUUUCGGGUUCGUCGACGUCGUCGUGGCCGCUUCGGCCUCCGUUGCGGAACAGUUCUUGAAGAACGAUGCGAAUUUCGCAAGCCGACCUCCCAACGCCGGGGCUAAGUACAUUGCUUAUAACUAUCAGGACCUUGUUUUUGCACCAUACGGUCCCAGGUGGCGGAUGUUGCGGAAGAUCAGCUCCGUACACCUGUUCUCCGCCAAAGCACUUGACGAUUUCAGACAUGUCCGACAGGAAGAAGUAGCGAUUUUGAUUCGGGCAGUGGCAAACGCGGGUUCAAAAGCAGUGAAUUUAGCACAACUGCUAAACAUAUGCACGGUCAACGCUUUAGGGAGGGUGAUGCUUGGUCGGCGGGUAUUCGGUGACGGAAGCGGUGGCAGCGAUCCGAAGGCCGAUGAGUUUAAAUCAAUGGUGGUGGAGGUGAUGGUGUUAGCUGGAGUGUUCAACAUCGGUGACUUUAUCCCAGCCUUAGAGUGGCUGGAUUUACAGGGGGUUCAAGCUAAGAUGAAGAAGCUCCAUAAGAGAUUCGACGCGUUCUUAACGACCAUACUUGAGGAGCAUAAGAUCAACGGUGCUGGGACGACAUCAAAGCAUACGGAUAUGUUGAGUACGUUGAUUUCGCUUAAAGAUGAUGCCGACGGUGAGGGUGGGAAGCUCACAGACACUGAGAUUAAAGCUCUGCUUUUGAACAUGUUUACUGCGGGCACUGACACGUCAUCAAGCACCGUAGAAUGGGCUAUUGCGGAACUCAUUCGACAUCCUAGAAUCUUGGGCCAAGUCCAACAAGAGCUCGACACAGUCGUAGGCCGAGAUAGACUCGUAAAUGAGUUAGACUUGCCCAAGCUCACCUACCUUCAGGCAGUGGUGAAGGAAAACUUUCGGCUCCACCCAUCAACUCCCCUUUCUCUGCCUCGAAUGGCCACCGACAGUUGCGAGAUCAAUGGCUAUCACAUCCCCAAGGGUGCCACUCUUUUAGUCAAUGUCUGGGCCAUAGCACGUGAUCCCGACCAAUGGACUGACCCACUAGAGUUCAAGCCAGAACGUUUCUUACCAGGUGGUGCAAAGCCCAAUGUCGAUGUUCGGGGGAAUGAUUUCGAAGUCAUACCCUUCGGCGCUGGGAGGAGAAUUUGUGCUGGAAUGAGUUUGGGCCUUCGCAUGGUCCAGCUUCUAACUGCAAGCCUAGUCCAUGCAUUCGAUUGGGAACUGGCAGAUGGGCUGUUGCCAGAGAAAUUGAAUAUGGAUGAAGCAUUUGGGCUCACUUUACAACGGGCUGCUCCUUUGAUGGUCCACCAACGACCCAGGCUAGCUGAGCAUGUUUAUAGGGCCUCCUCGUCAUAGAAUAAGUCUGAUUGAAUAUUGGGCUUUGUCGCCUGUAUGGUUUACUUGUAAACGAUUUGCUAUAUUGCUAAGCUCACCAAUAUUUUGCAUUUUCAUAAGACUGCCGCAUAUUUUGUUGAUACAGUUAUGUUUAAACCAUAUAAGUAUUCAAAUAAAUCUUAUAUAUUUUCAUUUUUAA